AUGACUUUGGAAUCGUAUGGAUAUACUUUCGUUGCAAAGGGGACCGUAACGGCAUUUACCGCGAAGUUGAAGCACGAAGGUCUGGUCUACCGACAUUUAGACGAAGUUCAAGGAAAGCUUAUACCAGUCUACCUUGGGAACAUCUCUCUGGUUCGCCGAGCGCGGAUUUGCUACCUUGACGACUUGCUUAACGCUAGCAAGUCAGUGUAUAUCUUUCAUUAGAAGUAUGCACUCUGCAGCGUACUACCACACUCCUGCUCGAAGAGAAAGGGCUAACUAAGUAUGUAGAUCUUAGCCUUUUCUACCCGCUCUAUCACUAUCACGUUUCCCUCCAAGAAGAAAAGCCACCCAAUGCUUGAGGUAGGCAAAUAAUUAACGAACAUGUCAUGUUAUACACAAGCCGGAGUAGCCAACGUAGGUAAUAGAGCAGACGCCCGUUGCCCCGACCCAUGCGCUGUUUUACCAAAACUCUGUAUUCCACAUCUGCAUGAGUUUUAGGCAAUAGCGAAUGGUUUAGCUGUCAAAAUGAUUUGUGACAUGUUUUAAGGGUUCUCCAAUACAUCUUUCGCUUGACACCGGGUCAAGCGACCAGAAGUUGCAGCAUCAAGGAGAUCCACCAAUCCAAUAGAGAUAGGUUAUCAUGCCCCGACUUCUAUUCGAGACUCUGCAUAUACGGCACUCUAUGGCAUAAAUGACCGUUUAAUUUGUAGCACCUGAUAUCUGCACCACAGCGCAUAUCGUUCCGCGGAGAGGGUGUGCAGUUUCCUGUUUUUUUAUUCGAGGAAACAAGGAAGACGUUAGGCUUUCCUUCCGAA